AUGCAGCCUGUGGGAGCUGAUCGGGGCCUUGGGGCAAGCGGACACGCUGGAGGGACGCGAGGACGACCUGUUUGCCUCUUGCUUCCUCGCCAUCGCCUGCCCCCCGGCACGGCACCUCUCGGGAGCCCAGCAGGACUUGCCCAGUGACACCAGUCCACGCAGCAUGGCCGUGCAGGCCCUGGCGCGGGUGCUGCGCCUCAGGGGCAGUCAGCCAGCUGUGGAGCUAAUGGACCAGGAGCAAGGCUGGCAGCUGCUGGAGGAGGCCCAGCCCGAGGGGUUCACUCUCCUUAGCAGGGCCAUAGUGACCCACCCAAACCUGGCCCUGAAGAGCAUCCCAAAGCUUCUCCUUCCCAGCCUCCAGGCCAGCCAGGAGGGCGAACGCAUGGCCUGCCGCCCUGUUCGCAGAGUUCCUCGGCAGCCCCCUGCUGAUGGAGAAUGAGCCCAAGGCGAUGCGGAAGCAGGUUGUGAAGGCCAUGCUGCAGCAGACAGAGGACAGCAACAUCCACGUUCGAGGCAGAGCGCUGCACGGCCUCAGGAAUGCAGUGACCAAGUUCCCGGACAAGGUCAGCAAAAAGCGAGACAAGAUCCUGGAGAGCUUUGUCCACGCCGUGUGCGAAUGCUGCGACCCCCGCACCGUUCUGGAAGCCAUGGAAGGGCUCUGCUGGAUGCUGCGGGACCCCAAGGCGCCUCUGAAGGCUCACGUCACCGUCCCGCUGGCCCUGCAGGCGAGAACGUUCUUUGAGGAUGAGACCAGCGGCCUGAGGCGGGCCUCCAUGGAGCUCUUUGGCCAUCUCAGCAAAUUUGUUUCCAAGAAGUCAUCCCUCUUUGGGGCUGAGGUGGAGAAGAGCAUGGGGAUGCUGCUCAUCCACCUACAGGACGGGGACCCCCAGGUGGCCCAGGCGUGCAGGGUGGCAUUGCUGCACUGCGCACCCUUCCUCAGCUACCAGCCCCUGCGCACGCUCGUGCAGAGCCAGCUAGCCGAGGGGGUGGCCCCCGCCAUCUCCGCCUUCCUGAGGGAAGCCUGCAGGACCCUGGGGAGUGAGCUCUGA